CGGCUCUCGUCCUCACUCCUCCGAUCUCUCCCGAUACCAUCGGAGCUGUGUCGAUGUGUAACCAUCGUCCACCACAGUUUCUUCUAUCUUCUCGAUGACCAUUGACGACGCCGGAGAGUUCCAUUGAUGAUGUCGGAGCAGCCUUCUCUCUCAUCGAUGGUUGAUGUGAAAUCUGAUGUUGCAAUGGAUGGUGAACAUAUUAAUUCCUUGAUGGAGGUAAAGGCGGUGGAACUGGAAGAGGUCUUGACCAGAGGGGCAUACAUGCUUUUUUAUGCUAGGAAUUCAAUAAUUCCUCGUGAUCCACGAAAACCUAAGAACCCAACAUCUAAGUCAAGAUCCCACUCCACAGGUCCAUUGGAUGUUUCCAUUGGCACGGAAUGCUCGUACUUAAAUCAUACUGGUUUCCAGAUGAUUAAAGGAAUGAAAUGGCCAAUCCUACAGGAGAAAUUAAUGAUGCUGGCUCUUAACGUUCAUUCUUCCAUUACAGCAGUUAUUCGAAUUAAGUGGGUCAGCUGGUUAUGUCCUUCGACUGGCAAACUCAAAUUGAUUGCUGCUGUCUAUGCUUCAUCUGGACUGCUGUUCAGCUGCUGUAGCUGUUUCAGCUGGAUUCUCAGCUGUCUGCCUUCAUCUGCCUCGGCUGCUUCAACUGCUUCAGAUGGACCCCUUUUUGCUGCAGCUGGAACUGAUUUUCUGUUUCAGCCGGAUUCACAUAGCUAGAGUAGCUCAGCAGUCUGAUUAGUUCUCCUUUAGCUGGGUUCUCGGCAGGCAUCAAUGCAGUCAGCAGCUUUCAUUGCACUGUUCACGUCACAGGUCAGCUGGACUUCAGCUGGAGCUCCUUCAACUGGAAUACUGCAUAAGUUUUAUUUCGCUAGGAGUCUGUCAGCUGGUGUCUUAACACUCCAGCUGAUCUUCUCCUUCAGCUGGAGUUUGCUACAUCCUUAUUGGCUGCCAGCUUCAGCUGAUCAACUACUGCACUGCCCAGCUCUUUCAAUUCAGCUGAUCUCCUAUUUAACUGACCUAUCCUCUAUCUGCUGAUCCCUUAGGAAUUUAAAAGGCUACAUGUUUAGAAUAAUUUAUUUUUUAUUUAUUCAUUGUACUAAUCAUGCAUUUUUGCUUUUCUUUACUUAUUUUAUGUAAUUAAAUCACAUCGAUGGGUAAGAUACAUAUGCCCCUGAUUAGGUGUAAUUUAAUUUUUUAAUUGAAAGGUAUAUUUGUAAUUGUGAUACAAAUAAAUACUUUUUUAAUUG